AUGGCCACUUCUGAAGAGCAAGAACCCAAGCGGACUUACCGCGGCAAUUGUCACUGCGCCGCCUUCGUCUACGAGUUCGAGGCUACCGAGAUCAAGAGCCUGAGCGAGUGCAAUUGCAGCAUCUGUGUCAAGAAGGGGGCUCUCUGGAUCACGCCGCCCCGCGAUAACUUCCGUUUUGUCAAGGGCGCCGAGAACGAGCUUUUCAGCUACAAAUUCGGGUCGGGUCAGAUGAUCCACAAGUUUUGCGGAAACUGUGGUACCGCCGUUAUGGUGGACUUCCCCAACGGGCCACCGUACAUGAAGAUGGCUUUAAAUGCGCGCUCAAUCCAAGACAUUGACAUCGUCGGACUAGAGAAAAGAUCUGUCAAUGGCGCAAGUUGGGGAUCCAAGUACGAGGUCCCAGCCCAUAAGGGUCCGAAUCCGACAGCCGAGGUCGAGGGGGGGAAGCUCUACACCGGAAGCUGCCACUGCGGCGCGGUCACGGUGGCGGUCACGAGCAAGCCCAUCGACGAGACUUAUGAGGACACAAUUAUCGAAUGUAAUUGUAGCAUCUGCGUGAGAAAUGCGUACAUCUGGCUUAAACCCGGCGCUGACCAGGUCGUGCUGUCGGGAGAUGACAGCAAUAUCGGCCGCUAUACCUUUUCCCACCGCAUCCUCGCAAAAACCUUCUGCAAGACCUGCGGCGUCCCACUCACCAACCAGUACAACCCGCUGACUGAGGAGGAACGGGAUGCGUUGACCAAGGACGCACGUUAUUGGCACGACUGGUCCAAGGACAAGCAUCCCGUGAAUGCUCGAGUACUGAAUGGAGUGGAUCUGAAAAGUCUCAAGGUUCAUCAUGCAGACGGCAAGGCCGAGUUUCUGCCGGGCUACGUAAACCCAUGA